AUGAAGUUGCUGCUCGGUUUGGUUGUUCUGGCGGCGACGCUGGGGGUCCUUCAUUCUGCCCCAGAGGACCAACCCACUGGCAUCUCAGAGGACACCUUAAAACAGUUGUCCCUGCAUGGUGAGAAGCUGGUGGAUGAGGAGGUUAGGAGAGCUCUGUAUGGGGUGAAGCAGAUGAGGGAGGUGAUGUGGAGGAACGAGCGGAAGCAUGAAAACCUCAUGAAGUCCCUCCGACAGAGCAGUGAAAAGAAGAAGGGGGUGGACCAACUGGCUCAGGAGGUGACGGAGAAGCUGGAGGAGGCGGAGGAGCAGUGUAAAGACUCCCUGCAGUCUGAGUGGGAGGAGUGCAGACCCUGUCUGGAGGAUGCAUGUAAAACCUUCUACACCUUCACCUGCCGCAGAGGAUUUGGCCUUUUCCAAGCCAAGGUGGAGAACUUCUUCCGCAGAGUCUCCAACCGCUUCGGCCCCCGGGAGCCUGGCAUGGAAGCGGGGGACAUCCUGGUGAAUCAGGGCCCCGAAAACAUCGACACAGAGGUCGACCGCAUCGAGGACUCCUUCAACCACCUGACCAGCCAGGUGGGCCUGCUGGUGAGCCGCAGCGUGGCCCUGGUCUCCAGGAUGAGCAGCCGGCUGGACAAAGUCCUCCAGAGGGCCUUCCUGAACGACAGCGGCCUCCCGACGGAGGACGCCACCGCUGACCCCUACGACGCCAGCCGGGACUCGGGCUACCUGCAGGGCGUGGGACUGGAGGAGGUGCUGGACUCCUUCUUUGACUUCGGCAAGAGCGUGGUGGAGGAGUUUGGAGCUGUGGUGACCCAGGUGUUUGAUGACAUCCACGUGGCAGUGGAGGAGGAGAAGAAGAGAGGGAGGGUAAGUUUCCCGCGUUUCCUGCAGAACAGGAAGUUGUGCAGAGAUCUUCGCAAGCAGACGUCAGAGUGCUGGCAGCUGCAGAGCCAGUGUGAGGCCUGCCAGGGAGCUCUGCUCACAGAGUGCCCCAGUGUUCGGGAGCUGCACGUGGAGCUGGACGAGGUGUCCCAGCUGCUGGACGUGUCCAAAGGGCAGUAUGACGAGAUCUUGUCUAUUGUCCAGCGCCACACUGAUGAAACCGUCAACUGGCUCAGCAACAUGGCGGCUGAAUUCAGCUGGGUGGCUCAGACUGUGAGCAACAGCAGCUUUCCUGAAAACAUCUUCCGUAUCACCACGGUGGCGCCAAAGAGCCACGAUGAACAGAAUGCAUCUGUGACUGAGACCCAAGUGGAGGUGAACAUCCUGAACUCUCCCCCAUUUCUGCUCUCUGUUCCCGGGGAGCUGAAGCUGCUGGACCCGGCCUUCAUCCAGCAUGUGGCCCAGGAAGCUCUGAACAAGUACAAGGAGAUGGUCAGGUACGAGGAUGAAUAA